AUGGACCCGGACGUGCUCGAAAGCCACGGCGGGGGGAACGAGUUCCCGCUGGCCUUCGUCCCGCUGGCCCCGAACGGUAACUACCUCGAGCCCAACGAGGUCGCGGUCCGCCACGGCGUGUGCGGCGAUCCCGAGCAGUUCAAACCUUCGGGCAGCAACACGUACAGCACGGCCAGCAGCAACUGGGAACCCCUGGCCACGUUCCAGAGCGGGCAGGUGCUCGAGUUUGACGUUGUCAUGAACGCCUACCACUGGGGUCACCUCGAGUUCUUCAUCUGCAACGCCGACAGCGACCCCGACGGCAUCCCCACCCAAGAGUGCUUCAACCAACCAAGCCCUGCCAUCUCCGGCAACAACAUGAAGAUGCGCUACGUGCUGCCGGACAUCGAGUGCUCGCACUGCAUCCUGCAGAUGGUGUACCACACCGGGAACACUUGCUACCACAUGGGGUAUGAAGAGUUCAACCCUCCCUCGUGGCCUAGCGCCUGCGCCCCCGACAAGGAAGACUGGGUCGACACCACCGGGCAAGCGUGCGGCCAGGGGGGCUACUACCCCGAGGAGUUCUGGGCGUGUUCCGACUUUAGCAUUGCGAGCGGCCCCACCUGCUGUGUGCCUGGGACCACCUGCUAUUACAAGGACGUGUAUUGGUCUGAUUGCCGCCCGGCGGAAUGUGCCGAGGAGUGGGGGCAGUGCGGCGGUUCUGGCGGAGGCGCCGUGGAUGGUGUCUGGACCGGCCCUACCUGCUGCGAGGUUGGGACCACCUGCUAUUACAAGGACCAGUAUUGGUCUGAGUGCCGCCCGGCGGGUUGUGCCGAGGAGUGGGAACAGUGCGGCGGUUCUGGCGGGGACGCCGUGGAUGGUGUCUGGACCGGUCCCACCUGUUGCGAGGUUGGAACCACCUGCUAUUACAAGGACCAGUAUUGGUCCGAGUGCCGCCCAAAUGACUACAACGACCGCUGAGCCUGAGUGCAGGUCCUUCCGUCGCCAUCAAACGAGACCCCUCCCCCAGCUGCCAUUCGGACGGCAACGACGACGACCGCCAGACAGAAAAACGAGCGGGCUGCUUACACAAGACGAAUGCGGAUAGGGAGGGGGCGAAGCCCACGUCGUUGCUGUUGGAAAAUAUUUGACACUACCGUAGCUCCAGCAUUAGGUAUUCAGUCUGACUACUAUAGCUCAAAUGUUGUCAACGUCGCUAUGUCAUGUCGUCGAUAAAUUCCGUGCGGCCUGUUAUACUCGGAAUAAGACAACAUGCAAGUUGGCUGAUGUUCUAUGUUUCAUGCCCAGAAUAGGCAUAGUCUAGACUAGAUAUGAUCUGUCGCUACGGCUUGUGUCUUUUUCCUUUUCUUUCCCUUCGCUCCAUCUGCUCUCGUCCUUUCCUUUUUCUUGUUCUUUUUCUUCUUUUUCUAUUUCUUUUUCUUGCUCUUUUGCUUGUUCUUAUUCUUAUUCUUUUUCUCGUUGGUUUGCUUGUUCUACUUCUACCCUCCAGUGUAGGGUUACCUCGCAUAGCGUCAAGAGGCGAGCGGUGGCCUAGACUAUCUGUCGUUGAGUUUUUUUGGCUCGCGGACCCUUCGGGUACAUUUUGUUUUCGUAAACCUUUUUUGGGUAAGUUAGCCU